AUGACGGAGCCGAGCGGCGCCUCCCACGCAGCCGCCGGGGCUCCGGGCCCCAGCCGCGAGGCGGCCGCCGCGUCGACGAUCCAGAGGAACUUCCGCGCGGCCGCAGGAAGGCAGGAGGCGGCCGAGGCGGCGCGGGCGGCUCUGGCGCUGGUGGCAGCUCCGGCGCCGCGGGCGGCCAGCGGUGCGGCGGAGACGGCUGGCGAGGCCGUGGCCAGGCUGAGGAGGGAGCUGGGCGAGCCACGGCACAUCGUGUGCGUCCUGGGGGGCACCGCGUUCCAAGACAGCGCCUCCGAGGCCCUGGUGCAGGCCCUGGCGCGCGACCUGGCCGCGGACCUUGGCCCCGAGGUGGCUUUUGUGACUGGCGGGAUGCCUGGCGUGCAGCGCGCCUUCGCGGGCCAGUGCGGCGACGGCUCGCGUCUUUGGAACCUGGUGCCGCGCGCAGAGUCCAGCGACUACGGCGUCGGCCGAGACGUGCACGCGGGCGCAGACCUCGCUGAGCGGAAGGAGGUGUUCGGCCAGCUGGGGGAUGUCUACGUCACCGUGGAGGGCGGGCCUGGAGUGGCGCAGGAGUCCCGGGCUGCCGCUGCGCGAGGCGCAGCGAUCGUCCCGCUGAUCCGCACUGGCGGCGCGAGCGCCGGGAUGUUCGACUUCCCCCCAGAGGCGCUGCAGAGGCCUGCGUUCGCAACCCAGGAGCAGUGGGAGCUCCUGUCUUCUCCAGACGCGACCGUCGCGAUGUCCGCGGCAGCCGCGGCGCACAUGGUCACGGGGAUCAUCUCCGAAAGGGAGUCCCGACAGCGACGCGAGCCUGCUCGGUCGCCUGCCCGCUCGCCGCCCGCAUCGCCCAGCAGGGCGCCAAGUCCGCCGCGCGCCCUACAGCGGCGCGAGCCUCCUCGGUCGCCUGCGCGCCCGGCCGCUUCGCCCGCAUCGCCCAGCAGGGCGCCAAGUCCGCCGCGCGCGCGCGAGCCUGUUCGGUCGCCUGCGCGCUCGGCCGCGUCGCCAGGCAGAGCUGCGAGUCCGCCACGCGCGGCGAGGCCCAUACGGGCUGAGGCGCCGGCGAGCCCGCCGCUGGGCGCGGCACCUGCGCCGCGUGCCCCGCGGGCACGGAGCCAGCCGCAGCCAGACCGCCGCCAGGCGGGCGCUGGCGCGUCCGCGCACGAGCGCGGCGGCUCUGCCGGAGCUGCGGGCAUCGGGCCGCGCGGCGUCGCGAGAGGCACGCGCAGUGGGCCCAGCAGCCCUCGCGCUGGGGCGCGGAGAGCGGCAAGCCCGGGCAGGCUGCCGGCGAGCCUGAGCCCGCUGCCGCGCGAGCCCCCGCGCAGUGCGCAGGGCGCCAGGAGCCCCCCAGGCAGCCCGCUCUCCAGCCCGCGGCGCUGGCCAGGCAGUGCUCUCGCCAGCCCGCGCGACCAGGCGCAGGGUGCGCCCAGUAGGCUUGCCGCGAGGCCGAGCUGGAGGCCUGCGGGCGAUGGCGGCCUGUCGCCAGCUGCCGCGCAGGACGGCGGCGCCGCGGAGGAGCAGAAGGAGCUGCACCGAGAGGCUCGCCGGAGGAUGAAGAAGAGUCCCGACUUCGCCGCGAACGUCUGGGCGGAGCUGCACGCCAUGCACGGGCACCGGCUGGAGGUGCUGGAGGAGGUGCGCCAGCGGGCCUUCGAGAUGGACCACCCCGUCUCUUUCGGCACGGAGGAGGAGCUGGCGGCUGCCUGCAUGAGGCUCCACUCCAAUGCCGCCCCCGCGGGCGCUCGUACGGAGGCCAGCGCAAAGGAAGGCAGGCGGCGUGAGGUAAACGCAGACGCCGGCGCUUGUACAGAGGCCAGCGCAAAGGAAGGCAAGCGCCGCGAGGUAAACGUAGACGCGCUGCUGCGGCGGCUCCACGACAAUGAGGAGUUAAAGGAGCGGCGGAGGGAGACCGAGGAGAAGGUGAUAAAUGAGGUGAUGAAGGAAUGCACAUUCAGACCCCAAAUCAUCCGCAAGGUGGAACCUGGUGCCGCAACCUUCCAUGGGAGCCAUGCAAUCGCGUCAGAGCGGCUCUACUUGCAAGGCAAGGAGCGCGACCAGGCGUUGAGCGAGAAGCGCGAGCGGCAGCUCGAGAAAGAGGCGCGCCAGCUGCAGGAGAGCAGCGUCCACAACCUGGCGGGCAAGAAGAAAGCGAAAGCGCGCACAGGGAACGGCAACCUUGUGCAGAAGGGCAACGUCUACGAGCGGAGCCUCACGUGGAAGAAGGGGCUGGACAGGAGGAUCGCCGAGACGCGGGACCGCGAGGGGGCAGAGCUGGCGCGGGAGAUGAAGCUGCAGGAGUCCGCGGUCCAGCGCCGGCUGAGGCUCAGCGGGUCGACGGCGGCGACCGCGCAGGAGAAGGCCGUAGACAGGCUCUACAGGGUGGACCUGACGAGGCGGAAGGCGCGCGCCAACGAGAGGAUGCAGGACCGCCAGAGGGACAUCGAGAGGGAGCUGCAGGAGCAGGAGCUGAAGUCCGUCCACGCCAAGGCCGCCGCCAGGCAGUGGGCGCCCGGCGAGCUGCGGGAGAUCCGCCAGCGCCUCGCCGCCAGCCCGCGCCGCGCGGCCGCGGCCGCCACGCCACUCCCCCGGAGCCCAGAGGCCGAGAAGGAGGACGAGGCGCGGCGGGAGCUCGCCCGGGAGCUCUGCGCCGCCCUCGGGCCCGCGCGCGGUGGCCCCUCGUCCGAGCCGCGGCUGGGGCAGCGCGAGCUGCGCCGCCUCGCCGAGCUGUGCGGGUUCCACGGCGGCGACGCCGGCUGGGCGGCGCAGUACGAGCAGCUGGCCGACAUCUACGGCUUCGAGGCCCUUGAGGGCCCGGGCCCGGAGCACCUCGAGGCCCUCACGGGGGACGACGGCGGGCGGCUGCACUGCUCCGAGGACGAGCUGCGCUUCCUGCUGGCGCUCCUGGGGAGCCGCGCGGAGCUGACCGGGCAGCUGUUCCGGGCGCUGGACACCAACUCCUCGGGGGGCAUCGGGUCCCGGGAGAUGCGCCGGUACGCCGCGGUCACGGGCUUCAACGGCGACGCCGAGGCCUGGGCCGCGGCCUUCGCGGCGCUGUGCUCGGCUUACGGGUGGAGCGAGGACGCGGAGGUGGAUCCCUGGAGGUUCGCCCAGAUGGUCAACGACGAGGACGGCGAAGGCCACCUGACAGACGCCGACCUCGAGCUGGUGCUGGCCAGGGCCCAGUCGCGGCCGCUGCUGGUCGCGCGCCUCUUCCGCGCGCUGGACGCCGCGGGCACCGGGCGCCUGGCCGCGGAGGAGCUCGGGCACCUCGCGGCGGCCCGGGGCCGCGGCCUCGGCGGCGCGGGGGAGCUCGCGCCCGGCGGCGGAGAGCGCGGGGCGUACGAGGCGCUGGCCGGGGCCCACGGCUGGGACCCCGACGAGGGCGUGGGGCCCAGGGACUUUGCCAGGAUGGUCAACGACGCCGAGAGCCCCGCCCACUGCACCACCCGCGAGCUGCGCGGCGCGCUCGCGGCCCUCGGCUGGCGCCCGGAGCUCAUCGUCUCGGCCUUCGGCGCCCUGGAGGAGGGCGGCAGCGGGCGGCUGCCGGGCGCAUGCCUCCGUCGGUACGCGGAGUUCUGCGGCUUCGAGGGCAGCGACGCGGAGUGGCAGCAGGAGUACAGCGACCUCGCUGCCAGGCACGGGUGGGACGAGCUGUGCGGUGCCGACCUGCGGGGCUUCGCCUCCAUGGUCAACGACAGCUCCGGGAACGGCCACUGCAGCGCGGAGGAGCUGCUGCAGUUCGUGCGGCGGGGGCUCUGA